CUGAACAAGACCGUGAAUCAGCCAACCUUCCAGACAAACGUGUCGACAUGAACCAUUCAUACCAGGUUACCAGGGGAUCCAGCUAUAAUGCCUCAAGCAGUUGCUCACAUCCAAAGGACACUAUUGUGUACACAAGGACAUAUGAGAAUAGCAGAUUUCCCCAUGAUGCUUAUGAAGACAACUUCCAUGGCAAAUCUAUUAAAACUGUUUACUCAACUUCUGACAGGAGCGUUAUCGACAAAGAAAUGUGUACGUUCUGCCGGAAGCCCCUCGGCACAGACACAAAGAUGGUUCUCGAUGCCUUGCAGAUCAGCUGCCACGCAACCUGCUUCCGGUGUGAAGUCUGCGAAGGCGCUCUGGAAAACCUGAAGGCAGGAGACAGUAUUUGGAUUUACAAGAACACAGUGCACUGCGAGCCCUGCUAUUCUAAUGUGAAAGCAUCAUGGAUCUACUAAUUUCGACUUACUGAGUUAGGUGUGAUCUCCUAUGAUUAGCUACGCGCACUUAUCUUUGAAAAGCAUACACUUUCGGGGAAGGGAUGACUGAUGUUUCCUACAAGCAAUUACAAACCGUAGUCAGUUGUAGAGAAGAAGAAAUUGAGACUAUAUCCAGAUUCUGAAAGAGAAGAAAUGAUAACGGUGGCACCUGGGAAGAAGAUGUCUGCAGUAGCCACAAGAAGAGGAUGUCUUAAGUAUAUUGUAUGAAGAUACCUGAUUAAGCUCUGAUGACUUUGUAUUCUGUUUUCUGUUCUUUCGUGUAUAGUUCAUACAUACAUGACUCUCAUGUGUGAAUGAACCAUUGCAGAUCUGAUACAACAGACAGAGUGCUAUCACCUCUGGCACAACAAACCCAAUACUAGAAACCAGGGGUCGUUUCGUAGAAAAAGAGCUAGGGGAACUCAUUAGCAUAACUCAUUAGAAUACACCAC